AUGGCUACAUUCUUUGCAAGGCGGACCCGCAGGGAAGUUUCAACUGCAGCGCAAUGGAAAGAACCGAUUCUGAAGCACAAUUUUGAAGGACACAAGGAGAGGAUUUUGUGUUUCGUUUUCUUGCACGACGAUGUCCACAUUGUGAGUGGUUCAGGGGACGGCACUAUGCGCAAGUGGAACUGCGAUACAGGACUUGUUGUCGGGGAACCAUGGAAGGGUAAGGGAGGAGGCAUAUAUGCACUGGCGCUUUCACCGAACGGGAGGAUAAUUGCCUGUGGGAGGAAGGACGGAAGCGUUCAGCGGUGGACUACCGAGGGGAAGAUGAUCAAAGGUGUUUGGACGGGUCAUAGCGAAUGGGUACGGUCGCUCUUGUGGUCACCCAACGGAAGUCAAAUUGCCAGCGGGUCCGAUGAUGGAACAAUCCUGAUUCAAAAUGCAAAAAGUGGGAAAGUCGAGGUGGGCCCGAUCAAGACGGAGCAGGAUUGGGUAUGGAGUCUUGCAUAUUCACCUUCGGGUGAGAGAGUCGCAUCAGGCGGGAGCAAAAAUACAAUUUGCAUCUGGAAUACGAAAACUGGCAAGCUUGUUGUCGGUCCUAUUCGAGGCCUGGGGGACUCCGUAACGUCGUUGGUGUGGUCGUCAGACAACACAAAAUUACAUUCUGCCUCUGACAAAUUCGCACGCGUGUUCGACAGCACAUCGGGCAAACUACUACAUUCCUUCCGGCACGACAGUUACCUGUAUUCCGCCGCACUUUCACCCAAACACAAUGUCCUGGCAUGUGUGGGCAACAGUGGCGUUGUGCAGCUAUGGGACAUAGAAUCCUACCAGCAACUCGGCCAACCAUUCCACCAGAAUCACGACGACCUUUACCAUGUCUCGUUCUCCCGAGAUGGGAGAUACUUAGCAUAUGGCGGAGACAACAAAAAACUCACUCUAUGGAUGGUCAAAGACAUAGCUCCUAUGAUUCCAGUGCGCACACCCCUUCAGCUUCCACCGCCCACACUACUUCAGCGAAGUGAUAGACAAAGCACACAGCAGGAAACUCGGCCAAACUCCCUAUCAUCAUCAUGGCUUGACGUUGAUGCUACAGGAGGUGAUGGCUUUAUCGAGGAGGCGCACGACGACCCAUACAACAACAACUUCUUCCAGUCUUCGCAGCAAUCUCUUCCAUCGCCAUCACCUGGCUUCCAUCUCCCCCCUUUGUUUUCCGCUCGCCGCUUCUUGAAUGUCAUCUCUCGACAUCGCCCACCACCAGACGAGUCCGUUCCAAAAGAACACUCCAAGCGUGCUUUCUUCAGUCGUCGCGCUCGCUCAAACUUGCCCCUGGAUCUCCCAACUAUUAAACACAACCAACCAGUGCCAGAAGGCAAAGUGGGAGAAGGCGAAGGCGAACAAGGUGAUGAUGUUGAUGAUGAUUGCAGUUCCGCGCAUGAUUUGCUUAGCGCCAGGAAGGAUAAAGGCAAACAGCGAGAUGAUCCUCCUGCCGACGCACAGAGCCCACCAUCUUAUAAUCGCAUUCUCCCCGCUGGAUCGGGCACGGACUGCAAGGGAAACCCAGGCCAAACCUCUAUAGCGGGAGGCUGCGGCUCUAUCUAUCGAGGACCGACUACGACAAGCCGCAGGACUACCGACUACGAGCCAGGACUCCUGCUACUGCGCCAGAACCCCUGGCACUCCCUAUGA